AUGGUGUUUUCUUGGCGAGGAGGCCCGGAAGCCCGGUGUCUGCUGCUCUCGCUUCUGGUCCUGGCCGCCAGGAAGACUGGGAGCAACCAAGUGCACUACUCCAUCCCCGAGGAGGCCAAACACGGCACCUUCGUGGGCCGCAUCGCGCAGGACCUGGGGCUGGAGCUGGCGGAGCUGGUGCCCCGCCUGUUCCGCGUGGCGUCCAAAAGCCGGGGGGACCUGCUGGAGGUAAAUCUGCAGAAUGGCAUUUUGUUUGUGAAUUCUCGGAUCGACCGCGAGGAGCUGUGCGGGCGGAGCGCGGAGUGCAGCCUGCACCUGGAGGUGGUGGUGGAGCGGCCGCUGCAGGUUUUCCACGUGGUGGUGGAGGUGAAGGACAUUAACGACAACCCUCCCGUGUUCCUGGUAAAGGAGCAAAAGCUAUUUGUUUCAGAAUCAAGAUUGCCAGAUUCUCGGUUUCCGCUAGAGGGUGCUUUGGAUGCAGAUAUUGGAGCUAACUCCGUUUUAACCUAUAAGCUUAGCUAUAGCGAUUACUUCAUGCUAGAGGUGAAUUCGAAGAGUGACGAGAAUAAGCAAGUUGAGCUCAUUUUAAGGAAACCUUUGGACCGAGAGGAAACUCCCGAACAUAAUUUACUGCUCCUGGCCACGGACGGAGGCAAACCGGAGCUCACUGGCUCCCUUCAGGUUCUGGUCACUGUGCUGGACGUGAACGACAACGCUCCCAGUUUCCAACAGUCUGAAUACGAAGCAAGAAUAUUCGAAAACUCACAGAACGGAACAGUAGUCAUCAGACUGAAUGCUUCUGAUCCUGACGAAGGAUCUAAUCAGGAGAUUUUUUAUUCUUUUAAUAGCCUUGUUCCACCCAUGGUUAUUGACCAGUUUAGCAUAGAUUCGAAUACUGGAGAAAUAACAAUUCGAAAGAAUCUGGAUUUUGAAAAAGUGAAUUCCUAUAAAUUCCGCAUUGACGCCACGGACAGGGGCCACCCACCGAUGGUGGGUCAUUGUACAGUUUUGGUAAAAGUCUUAGAUGUUAAUGACAACGUUCCUCAGAUUUCCCUGACUUCCUUAUCCCUUCCAGUGAGGGAGGACGCCCCACUCGGUACUGUGAUCGCCCUAAUCAGCGUGUCGGACCGUGACUCUGGCGCCAAUGGGCAGGUGACCUGCUCCCUGACACCGCACGUUCCCUUCAAGCUGGUGUCCACCUUCAAGAAUUACUAUUCACUGGUGCUGGACAGCGCCCUGGACCGCGAGAGCGUGUCGGACUAUGCAGUUGUGGUGACCGCUCGGGACGGGGGCUCCCCUUCACUGUCGGCCACAGCCAGCGUGUCCGUGGAGGUGGCCGACGUGAACGACAACGCGCCCACGUUCGUGCAGCCCGAGUACACGGUGUUCGUCAAGGAGAACAACCCACCCGGCUGCCACAUCUUCACGGUGUCCGCGCGGGACUUGGACGCGCAGGAGAACGCGCUGGUGUCCUACUCGCUGGUGGAGAGGCGGGUGGGCGAGCGUGCGCUGUCGAGCUACGUGUCCGUGCACGCGGAGAGCGGCAAGGUGUUCGCGCUGCAGCCUCUGGACCACGAGGAGCUGGAGCUGCUGCAGUUGCAGGUGAGCGCGCGCGACGCGGGCGUGCCGCCUCUGGGCAGCAACGUGACACUGCAGGUGUUCGUGCUGGACGAGAACGACCACGCGCCCGCGCUGCUGCCUCCCGGGGCGGGCCGGUGGCGGGGGGGCGGCGCUGUGAGCCAGCUGGUGUCUCGGUCUGUGGGCGCGGGCCACGUGGUGGCGAAGGUGCGCGCGGUGGACGCGGACUCUGGCUACAACGCGUGGCUGUCUUAUGAGCUGCAGGCGGCGGCGGGUGGUGCGCGCAGCCCAUUCCGCGUGGGGCUGUACACGGGCGAGAUCAGCACGACGCGUGUCCUGGACGAGGCGGACGAACCUCGCCAGCGCCUGUUGGUGCUGGUGAAGGACCACGGGGAGCCUGCGCAGGUGGCCACGGCCACUGUGCUGCUGUCUCUGGUGGACAGCAGCCAGGCCCCGAAGACCUCAUCGCGUGUGUCUUCCAGCGCCGGGAGCUCAGAGACCGCCCUGGUGGACGUGAACGUGUACCUGAUCGUCGCCAUCUGCGCAGUGUCCAGCCUGUUGGUGCUGACGGUGCUGCUGUACACGGCGCUGCGGUGCUCGGCCCCGCCCAGCGAGGGCGCGUGCGCGCAGGGGAAGCGGGUGCUGGUGUGCUCGAGCGCAGUGGGGAGCUGGUCGUACUCGCAGCAGAGGAGGCAGAGGGUGUGCUCUGGGGAGGGGCCGCCCAAGACGGACCUCAUGGCCUUCAGCCCCAGCCUACCUCCGGGUCCUCCCGGAUCGGUAGUUGCAACGGGAGAUCCAGAAGCUUCUUUUGACUCCUCUGGGAAGCCACAAGGAGCUCUACUUUGGGGUGGAUCUGGCCAGCGGUAGCUUGGUUGUCCUAGAGCCGG